GAUAACGAACGGCACCGACGCCGCCGUCAUCAUCGUCGCCGACGCCGCCGCCGCGGGCCGUAUAGUGUUGCCCACCGGAGAGACACCGCCGAAACUGCACGCGUACUGAGUACGACGUAUGUAUGUGCGCCACACGGAUGUUGUAUUGAAACAGUGAGCGCGGGUAUCUCACACUGUGGCUGCCAUGCCGCGGCUUGGACUGUUACGUUGGCGGUAAGUGUCUAUGGGUAACCGAAACCGAAACCAAAAAAAAAAAAAAAAAAUAUAUAAAUUACAAUUUCGCGCGGCCGAAGCGCGUACCCCUUUAAUGAUUUUUUCUUCUCCUCGAUUUUCUCUCGUAUUCCCGGUUUUAUUUUUUUUAUUUUUUUCCACCGGUGUUUCGCCAAAAGCGAUAUGUUUUUUUUUUUUUUUUGCGAUUCAUCAAUAUCCCCCCUCGUCGCGCGAAAAUCCGAAAAAACAGUUUUUAAUUUUUUUUUUUUUUUUUUUUUCAGGCAAUUCGCAUUAUUCGCAUACCUGUUCACGGCGGUAUCGGCGGUAAGUACAACACCGAAACCAUCGCACGGUACAAUAAUAAUAAUAAUAAUUAUGACAAAUUGUAAAAUUAUCGUACUAUAUGACAACGCGUCAAGUCGGUAAAGCCGCUAUUUAAUAUAUAUAUAUAUAAAAAAAAAAAAAAACAAUAAUAAUAAUUUCCAAUCGUUAUAGAUUCGUGAAUAUGUAAUAUGUAUCAAUCUUUUAAACAUUAUACAUAAGAAUAAAAUGUAUCGCGUUAAUUAUGAUGUCUAUAUAUAUAUAUAUUAAUUUAAUCGUUUACGUAUUAUUUUGUGUGUAGAAGCGGAUACAAUUUUUUGUCGACUUUUAAUAUAUUUUCGAUUAAAAGAGAGAAAAUAAAAGACUAUCUAUAUACCUACUCGAAAAUAUUAUUACUAUAUAUUCCGUGUAGGUUUUGAUGUUUCCCCCCCCCAUCCCAUCGUUUUUCAAAAAUACACACUCCGACACGACGCGGUUUCGUUUAGUGUACUCCCGCGAGUAUAUUUUAUUAUUAUUAUUAUUUUUUAAAAUAACAGUUGAAAACUCGACGCUUCGCAAUAAUGCUGUUUAAUUUGUUAUUUUAUGUACCAAUUAUAUAAUACUGUAACAAUAACGAUGCUGUCGGUGUAAAGUGCACGCGCGAGUUUCCCGAGCACCAGAAAACCGCACAUCAUCGUGAUAGGUCGGUGUUUUUUCGUGUAUUCUAAGACCGCCGGAGAGGUACCGGCGUGCUGCUAUCGUAAUAGCCGUACGGACGAUAAACUUGACGAACUUUAUGAAUGAACACGCACGUAAUUAAUCCCUGAUCAAUAUAAUGCACGCAUAUCAUAUUAUCCACGUCAUAAUAUAAUAUACGGGAACGCCGUUUGUAAUAUUAUAUAUGUAUUUUUUUUUUUUUUUUUUUUUUUUUUAUCGAGGCCGUUUCGAAUAUAAAACGUAUUUUUACACACUGUUACGACGAUGAUAAUAUUUUUAAUUGUACGUAUUUUUUUUUUUUUUUUCUACAAUCCGAUAUCGAUAGAUUCGAUAAAUUCGUAUAGGCGGGUGCGUACCGGUUUACAAGAUGACCUAUUAUGUUUUACAUCCAUCCGUCCGACAAUAAUCGAAAUACCUUUGCAUAUCUAUAACACGUAUAUAAUUUGUAAUGUACGUUCGUUAAUUAUUUUUUUUUUUCUGCGAUUUACAAUUAUUAUUAUCUAUCGACAAUAUUUUAAACUUGCCGGUUUUCGAGAAUUUCGAUUUAAACGAUCACGGUAUAAUGUCGAGUUUUUACACUAGAUAUUUACCGACAAACUAACGCGAUUUACAAUUUAUAUGACAUGUACCCAUCUAAGUUUUGCGAACAAUUUCUUUUUCCGGACAAAUUAAGAAUCCAACGUGCCUAUGCGGUGAUACACUCGUUAACGGGAGCUAAGAAAAUUGGACUAAACACAGCCAAUUAAAAUUAUUAAUUAUAAUUAAUAAUAUAAUCGUAAUAAUAUUAUGCAAUCGCAUCAUUAUUGUUCUACUUUAUUUGAUACCAAUAUGAAGACUUUUCGUGAGAUUAUUUCCAAGCACUUACAUUAGUCUGUUGUAAUUGUACAAACGCCAAUGGGUGAACGUAGAGUGCCCGUAAAGUUUCUUACCCUCCCCCCCCCCGGGGUACGGCACUGCGUAUACGUUUACCAAUAUUCACGCAAAAAACGUUAACAAAAAUCUGAAUAGUCCCCGUUGAUUUCAGUACAUCGAAUGGAUUUGUAAAUAAUAUAUACCUAACCUACCUAUUCAUAUGUUUCCAAUAUUAUUAUUUCCGCGUUUAUCAGUAGUUAUUGAUUACCUAUAAAUGUAUAAUAAUUGGUGUAGCACCUAACCUGUUUUCUAUACACUCAUAUUUUAUGUAAUUAUUAAUUUAUAACUAAACAUAGAUAUAUCUAUACAUAUACAUUCUAUAUACAGGGCGGUGGUUCACUAAGCGCGACCAGCUCGUUUUAUUUAUUUUUUUUUUUUUUUUUUUUUUUUUUUUUUUUUAUUAAAUUUUGCAUAAUAUAUUCAAAUUCUCGUGUUUGGAAUUCUAAAGUGUAAUUAAAAAUUAUAUUUUCGAACAGGUAAUUCGAUUUUUUACAACAUUUAAGCCGCAAUACCAACUUUGGUUUUUCAAAUGAGAACCUAUACUAAAAUUUCCAUAAAUAGAUGGAAUAUUCACUAGAUAUUCCACUUUUAAGUUUAAUUAGGGGGAGAGAAUUCAAGCACUAAUAAUUCGCCACGCGCCGUGCCACCACACAUAUGAUAAUUCACAACCCUCUCCUCCUAUUUAAACUUAAAAGUGGAAUAUUUCGUCAACGGGGUUGACGGAAAUCAAAAAUUUUAACACCAAAACUAGACUUCAUCUAUUUAUGAAAUGUCUGUCUGUUUACCAUACCGUGUCUAAAAACGAAUGUAUGUGUGUUUGUCCUUUAUGCAUUACGUACUACACCAUUUAUCCGAUCGCGAUGAAACUCUGAAAUGUUGUUGGGUAUACUAUCGCGAAGGUUUAUAGCUAUUAAAAUCUCCUCCUAUUGAAUAUCAUUCCCUAACAUUUGGUUUUUAGCCAUGUUUAGUACAUAAAUCUAAUUUUUUUAAAUUUAAUUUUAGAAGUGUAAUCCCUGUGCAUUACCUAUGGUAAUAGUACAUAAUGAUAAUUUACCUAUUAAUUUUAUUUAGAAACUAUUUUAUUGCUCGGGUGCGGGACAGCUUGUAUAUUAUACAGGUACAUACUUAUUUAUUGCGUGCCCUUGAUGAUUUUAAAUUUGUUUUUCAAUCGGAUUUUUCAUUUAUGGAGGUAUAUGUAUAUUCAAAAAAAAAUUAAUUUGUGCUAAUAUUGCUUAACCAGUAGUAAAAAAUAACUUUUGAUUUGUUCACUUUUCGAAAAUAGCCGAUUUGUAAAAGAUAUUAUUUUUUAUAAAGUUUUAAUCCAUCAUAUAUGCAUAUCUGAUGAAUAAUUUCAAAAUAAUACCCGUUUUUAAGUUUAAGCUUAUUGGUUUCAAUUUCUAAUGGGACGUAAAAUAAUAUGUACUCAACAGUCUAAUAUACUGUGUGAUAGGGAACCGCAAUCGUAAUAAAAAUAUCACCUCAAAUCGACAAAUAUUAUUAACAGAGGUAUAAAAAUCCAAAACACUUAGUGGCCCACCCUGUAUAUAUAUUUAUAUAUUUACUCAUCCGUGUAUACCACAUAUAUUAAUUAGAUAAAACAUAUAAAAAUAAGGUAUUUAUAUCGUAUAUUUUAUGCUUUAACGAACGAAUAAUAAUAUAUAUAUAUAUGGUUAUAAUUAUGAUGCUAUAUUGAUGCGUCCUUAUGCGAUUAAUGAUUUUUUAAUCAAUCGAUUCAAAUAUGCAAGUCUAAUAAUACCUAAAUGAUUUCUUUUUUAUUUUAUCGAAACAUGAUUGAUAAACGUAAUGGGUGUAGACAAGUUUCGAUCAACGUGAUUUCGGUAGGGAUUAAAAAUAUAAUUAAUAAAAUACAAUUUAUCGUAGGCAAACAGUUUUAUUCACUUGGGCGUUUUAAUUUUUUUUUUUUUUUUCGUAAGACACAAUUGCGUAAAUACAUAUUUACCCCGAAUAGAAGAUGAUAUAUUGUCAACGGUUUUUUAUUUUUUUAUUCGGAGAAUUUAUUCGCAAAUCUAAAUUGUGGUGGGUGGCAUUGUCAUUAUUUUAGAUUCUGAGUGCAGCGAUGAAUCGGUUUUUAAAUACAAUUUCCCUACCAGAAAUCUUACUCCGAAUUCCAAUUUUAGUUUUCCAAUUACAAUUUCAUUUUUUGAUUUUUGUUGGUUUUUUAUUGUUUGUAAUUCGGAUAAAAAUAGUCAUAGAGACAUAACAUUUUUAUGGAACACUAAUAUUAGUCUAUUAUAGACGAUUUUAGCUUUUUCUAAGAUAGAAUGUUCAAAACAUUGAAAUGCCACAUAAGCAUGUGACAUUUACCAUUUGUUUUAAGUUUAUAUUUAAUUUUAUGUGAAUACAACCAUUUGACACGAGGAUCAUCAUACGAUGUACUAAAUAUUAAACAAAAAUGUAUACACUCAGAAUUAAUUUAGCUCUAAAAAAAGUUAAAACUGUUGCGAUUACCAGUCAUUGAUUAGUUUAAAAAUACGAUUGUGAGAUGGUUUGGUCCAUUUGUAGAAUGAGCCGAUGAUUUCCUGCUUCAAUAACAUAUACGGGUGGUCAUCCGGUCAUGAUUAUUUAUUAUCUUAACAGUACACAUUUUUUUGUCAUCGUGAUUGUUUUUAUACGUUAUGAAAUCGUUGAAAAUUCCCAAAAUGUUCAUGAUAUAAUUUGUUUUAGAUUCUUAGCUGAAUAAAGAAUGAUUGAACUCAAAGAAUUACCUGUAAAAAAAAAAAUAGAUAUAAUUUAAAAUAAUUACUAUUUAUAUGAAAACUCAUAAUUUUCUUCUGUCCAUAUCACAUGAUAUUAACACAAGAUACCCUAUAAAUAAUUGCUUACGAAAAAACGAUUCUGAGUGAAGUUCAGUUGAUAGUAAUGCUUUAUCAACAAAAUAUAUGCCAUAUUAGAGAAAAAUAAUAAAGGUGGCUACAUAUAUGUUCUUAAAUAAUAAUUGUUUAAUGUUAAACCGAUUUCUUCGGUUUUCCUACAUUUUUCUCGGUUUUCUUAUGUUUUUUCCCAGUUAUAUGCAUUUGCUGAGAAAACUUAAGAGAAAAUUGAUAAACUACCUUAUUAAAGUACCUCCCCAGUGAAAUUUUCUUUUAGAAUAAUUGCUAUCAUUAUAAAUUGGAGCAAAAUUACUUGUAGAAAUGUUGUCCAUAGAAAAAAAAAAAAUCGCGAUACAAAAUAUAUUUUUACAUUUUUCCGAUUUUUUUGGUUUUUCGCAUUUGCUGUACAAACUCUUCAGAAAAUCGAAAAAUUACCUCCCUCUCCAUAAUGUUCCUCUCCACAUCGAUUUUCUUUCAGAAAAGGUGCUACACAUAAAAAUCGGAGCAAGUCCUCUGGUAGAAAAGUUGUCCACAGAAAAAAAAAAAAAUCUUUUGUAAAAUCAUAAGCUUCUUUGCUCUACUCAGAAUCUAAAACUCUAUCUCAGUAUCUUUGGGAUCUCCAGACAAAUUAAUAACAGAAUAGCUUUUUAUGAUUCAAAUGUUAAAUAUUAGUUUUUUAAAUACUGAUUUCGAAAUUGUCUACUGUUUGCGUAUUCAUUGCUCAUUAAUAUUGUACUUUUACUAUUAAUCACUGUAUAUUUAUGUACUUAUAAUGAAUAAAUUAUAAAUGCUAUUUGCAUUUGCUAUUACACUUAUGCCCUCACACUGGUUUUCUCAUAGGGGGCCCAGUAUUUCAAAUAAAUAAAUAAAUAAAUACUUGAUAUUGCAUGAUGUGCAAAUAGUUACGAUUUAAUUUUUUAUCUCCUCUCCCACAAAUAAAAAAAUUCCCACAACCGGUAGAUCUCUGGUUUUCCGCUCUGAGAAAAUAUAGUAUCAAAUAAUCGAAAAUUUUAGAAUAGCACUUUUGUUUGCGGGUAGACACUUAGCUAGAUGAUUAUAAUGAAUGUUUAAAAUUUCGAUUUUAGAAUUUUAAAGCGGUACGCAGAUUUUUAAUCUGUCCAUAACCACGAACAGUGAACAAUUUUCGAUUUUUCUAUAUUUUGACCACUUUUUACGAAAAAAAUAUUAAUAAAUUGAAAAACAAUUCACAUACCUUAUUAUACUCAUAUAGUUCAACCAUCAGUGAUCAGAUGUUCAAUUUUCUUAUAUUUCAAUCGAUUAGAUAUGUUAAAUAGUAAUCCACAUGAAAAUUGGUCAGAAAAUGUGUUAGUCGAUUACUAAUCAAAGAGCAAGCGCGGAUCUGCGGAGGGGGGGGGUGGCUAUGAGAACGAAUGCCUCCCUAUUAAUUUUUUUUAAAUUAUUAAUAACUGUUAUUAUUUUAUUACUAAUGAUUAACAUUUAUACAAAUAUAUUUUAAAUAAAAUAGAAAAAUUUACAUUGUCUCAUAAUUUUUAAAUAAAUAAUUAGUCAUUUUUAGAUUUCAGACUUGUUUUUAAUUUUUAUCUGAUUCUUAUUAUUCUAAUUAUUUGAUCGCGUUUCGCCGAAAAUCGUUCAAUCGCCAAUGAUAAAUUAUUAAUAUUCACAGAUUAUGUUGGGAAACAGCAGAACAUACAUUGUCUUAUCUGUAUUUUUUAAAACCGAUGAUUUUAUAUUUACGAAUCUAUGUCAUAUUAAUAUAUUAUAUGACUCGUUCAUUCAUAUAGUCGUAUACUUGUAUACAAUAAAUUUUAUGAAUUUAUAAAAAUAAUACAAAUAAUCAGCCUCCAAUACAGGUUGAAUAUAAAAAAAAGUAAUUUGAUUUUUUUAAAUUUGCCAUCCUCCCUUUGGGUGACAUCUAUAUCCGCUAUUGUCAACGAAGGCAUACGAAUUAUAGUUAAAUGGCACAUUUUUUAACAUUUCUACCAUUUGUUCUUGCAGGGUCUGAUAACCAGACCCGAUAUAUAAUAUAGAUGAUACAAGAAUAAUAUAAUAUUUUCUAUCGAUAUUCUGUAUUUUAUUCCAUACCUACUUGUAAAAUUAUGUGAUAACAUUUUUCUAGCAAUGGCCAAAUUUUUUUGAAACAAACCAAACUAACGGAAAUGAACCGUAUUACGGAGAUCAAAAUACGAAACGAUACAAUAGUGAUAAUAGAUAUGUCAUUACUAAUCAGCAGAAAAAUUCUUCAAACUGUAUACCGAAAUGUUUUGCCGAAAAAGGAAGCCGAGUAAGUUUUAAAAAGUAGUUAAAAAUGUAUUUAUUGAUUUAUUAUUUUUUCUUUAGGGACCACCUGGUUCGACUGGAUUUCCGGGUCCUCAAGGAAUACAAGGAUUUCAAGGACUCGAAGGACUACCAGGUAACUUUAAAUAGGUUUUUAGUUACCACAAGUUAAAUACUCGUAUAUAAAGAAAUCAAGAAAAUCAAGUAACCGAUGUAAUGAAGGAAAAGAGUUUUUUAUCAGAUCAGUUAUACGUUAUGAUGAUAUGCUACAAAUGUAUUAUGGUUUUAGCAUAAUUUGUUACUUGAAUACAAAUAAAUAAUUGAAGAUUUUUAUAAAAUUAGAAUGCAUUUGAAUGUAAAUUCGUAGUGUUAUGACCUGAUUAUAGCUUUGGAAAAUUGUGCAAAUUUUAAAAUGUGGACGUAUAUAAUAAAAGUUUUCAAAACAAAUUAACAAUGUCUUAAAACUCGACUAAAAGAAUAUAAGAAAUAAUGAGUGGUUAUCAAGUUCCAAGAUAGGUUUUAUAAAGGCACUAAACUAACACAAACUUUUUGUUUGACAAUGACUUAGAAAACAACAACGUAUUUACUGGUCAUUAAGAAUCUUUUUCUCGUUAAAUUAUCUUAUUUUUAAUUUAUCUCUAUAAUAAAUAACAAUACUGAUUCAAAUAUGUUUUAAUGUGUAGGUGAGAAGGGAGAUAAAGGAGAUAUUGGCCCAUUAGGACCACGUGGACCAAAAGGAGACAGGGUAAGUGCUUAUUUUUAAAAAAGUAUUUAGAAACUAAAUAUAUAACAAUGACUAGUUAUUGGUUCAGCAUUUGCUUAACCAUCGUAUAAUAAAUAUUAAUAAAGUCAGUGACGAUAUUAUUGAGUUCUAGGAUAUUAUUACCAGCAGGCGCUGGUGAAAAAUCAAUUUGUAUUGAUUUUAAUAAUACAAAAUAGUAGACUGUUUAGUUAUUACCUAAGUUGAAGAAAAAAUGUUUAUUUUCGAACUAUAUCAAAUAUUUGUACAAUCAUAGUUUUCUCUAAAAUUAUAGGCUAAUCUAAAACAAAAAAUGAAUUUCUUAAAAACAAAAUAAUUUUUAGUUUGAUGAAUUUUUUUUCCUUAUGUAUAAAUAAUAUAAUAAUAUUUAAUAUAAUUUUUAUAUACUCAGUAAUAAUUAUUGUUAAAUACGCUAUACAUUUUUAAUAAUUUAAAUAUUUGUACAUUGAUUUUUGAAGAAAAUUAAGGAAUAACGAUUUAUAAUUUUUAAUUGCUUUGCUUAAAUAAUAAUAUUUUUAUUUUUUUAUUUUUUUUUAGGGUAAAAUGGGCAUCCCUGGAUUUCCCGGUAAUAUAUUAUUAUAAAUAAUAUUCACAUAACACUAUAUAAUUUUUAAUUCAUUGACAUACAAUGAUAAUAUUAUAUAACUUUUUAAAUUUAAAUUUUUAAUUUACAUUUUUUAUCGAUUUUUUUGAUAAAUGUCAAAGAAUAAUUUUACCGAGUAAGUGACUGUGAUUUUUUAUAUUUAAGGUGUAAAUGGUAUAUCAGGACAAAUUGGACCACAAGGUUUGCCAGGCAUUCCAGGGUUAGACGGAUGUAACGGAACGGACGUAAGAAUAUUUUAUAGAAUACACAUUUAUAAUAUAACUUAUAAUACCUUUUAUAUACCAUAUUGAAUCCACUUACUUCUUAUUAAAUCGAAAAUUAUUUCUAUUAAUUUUUUAAAUCACCAUUUUGAAACUGUGAAACAUUUUUAUAAUUAUAAUAAAAUAUUAUAAACAGUGCAUUGAACAUAUUAUUUCAAAAAAAACAAAUUAUAUCUAUGAGUAUAAUUACUCCAAAGUUAAUAUUUUUUUGAAAAAGAUAACUUUUUUUUUACAAUCCAUUUGUUAUUUGAAAACAUAUUUUCUAUCCAUUUGUUUAUUAUUGAGAUAUUCAAUAAAUCAAUUUAUCAGAACCCAUGUAGAUUUCGCAAUAAUGUAUAAAACUUAUUGUAAUCUAUAAAUUCUGUGUUUUACAAUUUAAAACAUUGACAAACGUAAUAAAUUAAUGAAAAUAAAAAAAACCUUAUAUCUAAAUUAUAGGGGAAACCCGGUCUUCCCGGAAAUCCAGGAGCUAUUGGACCUCGAGGUUACCCAGGAUUACCCGGAGAAAAAGGUCAGUACUUUACUAUUCUUGUAUGGGUACUUUAUAAUUUUAAUUUAUUGUUUUACGUGUAUACGAUUUUUUUAUAGUUAUUGUAAAGUAUAAUAUUAAAAUAUAAAUAUCAUUUAUUUCGUUUCAAAACACAUAAUAACAUCAUACUGAAUGUUUAUAUUAUUAAAUCACUGAAUUAAAUAUCUACAGUUAUUCUGUGUUCUAUUUACUUAAGUUAAAAAUAAUUGUAAUAAUGUUGAUUUUAAAGGGUUAAAAGGAGAACCUGCUUACACAUCAAUUCAUGACAAAGGACAAAAAGGAGAACCCGGUUUGGAUGGAAAUCAAGGUAUAAAUAAAUUUAGUAAAAAAAUAUAAGCUCUGGAAAUAUUAAGUUCUUUUAAAUAUUUAAAAAGAUAAUUAAUGGUUAAUUAAUUAAAAUAAUGAAAUUGAGUUCUUAAAUAUUUAACUAAAAUUGAUCAAUUUUAAAACAAGCAAUUAUAAUUCACUGAGAUAACACCAUAAUUAUUUUAUUUCAGGCUCAAUUGGACUUCCUGGUGUUGAAGGACCAAAAGGUCCACCAGGACCUAUAGGUGAAGUUGGACCAAAAGUAAAUACCGAACAAUUAAAAAAAUUAUUUUACACUCAUAUAUUCAUAAAACUUUGUUAGUUAUUUAAAAAUAUUUUUAGAGAAUAAUACAUAACAUCAUUUUUACAGGGUGAUCGAGGUAAACCUGGUGAUAAAGGAGAAAAGGGUAAGCAUGAUAUGUAUCAUAUUUAGCCUUUAAAUUUAAGACGCAGGAUUACGAUAGCUUAGCUUUUGUAUCUCAUACAUAUGUAAUUUUUUUCCCAAAAAUACGCUUAACAAAGAUCUCACACCGUGAUUUUUUUAGGUUUUCUUUAUUGUUUAUGUAACAUGUAAAUAAAUUCAUUUUACGUACGACUUUUCGUUUUAUUACUUUUUACUCUUAAUCAAUAUUCGAUUAUCGAGAAUCAUUAUUAUUUAAAUCUGUACAAAAAUCAUAUGAGUAUAGGUAUAGCACAUGUUUAUCCAUUAUAAUCGAUUAGGUGGAUACUAAUCAUUUAAUCACUAUUUGAUUAGCUGUUUUUGAAAUAAAAUGCUUUUUUUUAGAUUCUUAGUGGCGCGAUGAAUGUAUUAAUUUUAACAUGAUGUGUAUGUUUCUCUUAAUUUUUAAUUUUUUCUAAUUGAUUUUACUGUGAAUAACUUUUCUACCAAAAAUAUUUUUCCAAUCGAGAAUGACGAAAUAAUUUUCUUUUUGAAUUUUGUAUUUUGUUUGUGCAUUUUUAAGGUCUUUAAUUUUCUAAGUAGUUUUUAAAAUAAUUAGGAUGUACCGUUAAAAAAUUGUAUAGGAAAAACUGACAAAUAUUUAUAGCAUAAUUUUAUAUUUUUAUAAUUUAUUUUUGUUUGUUUUCUACAAGAAAUCGUGCUCGCUCCGAUUUUCAAAAGUAGCGACUUGGUUGAAAAACAAAAAAAAAAGUUUGUUGAAAAGUACCAUUUUUUGAUGGAAUCGAUUAGAUUUUGACCGGAUGCUACACGUGGUACAUUAAAAUAAGAUUUUUCGUAGAAGAGUUGUGUAUAAAAAAAUAUUUAAAAAAAUCACUAACUGUAAAAUCUAUACAUUUCUUGUUGACACUACAAAUCUAAAAGAAAAUACGAGUACAUUUUUAAAUAUUUUAAUCAUUGUUUCAAAUCAUGUUCUAUUGGUAAAAACAAAUCUAUAUCUUAAAAGACAUGAAAUAAAUUAAAUCGGAACAUUUUUACUAACCAAAAAUAUUUUUUAAAAGACAUUUUCCAACAUUUUUGUAAACCUAAUUACCUCAUCAUUACAUUCAAAAUAAAAAAAAAAAGAGACGAAAAAUUGUGGCACCUCGUGCCUUUUAGCGCGGUGUUAUAAGAUAGGAUUCCGAUACUGUAUAAAAUAUUAAUUCCCUUCUCUUCCUUCUCCUGUUAAUUAAAUUUAUGGAUGUUAAUGUUUAUGAAACAUAUCUUUAACAUUUUUUCUCAACAAAGAUUCGUCUUAUCUGGUAGCCCUUUGAAUUUUCCUGGCGUACUUUCUCCAUCAUGAAUUAGUUGUAUUAUUUUUUCUUACUGUACUUAGGUCUGUUAAAUUUUUUUGACGAUUUUACUAGCUCGUUUUACUAGAUGAAACCAUAAUCUGUUUAAAAUAAAAUAAAACCCAAAACUUUAAAUUUGAUUUAUUUUUAUUUUUUUACAUUGUUAUUAAUAUUAUUUUUAAUUUUUUGUUUGAUAUUAAAUGGAUAAUUUAGGAAAACCUUCAAUUGGGUUCGGCGGUGCUAAAGGAGAAAAAGGUCCUAAAGGAGAACAGGGUCCUGCUGGACCACCUGGUUUAUAUUUUGAUUCAUCACCAAAUGCUACUGUUGGACCACGAGGCACACCUGGUGAAAAAGGAAGUGAGGUAUUUUAAUGAUAAUGUCAAUCAAUUUUUAAGAUAGCAUGUGCAUUUCAAAUAAAGUGAUCGUAGAAAAAUCAGUAAAUUCAAUAAAUAUAAAGGGGGGAAAAAAUUAUUAUUAUUAAUAAUGUUGUUUUCAAUAAAAUUAUUUAAAUAAAUAUUUUGUGUUAACCAGGGCGAACCUGGUCAACCAGGGCUUAAAGGAGAACCAGGAUUGAUCGGAGAUCCAGGAAUACCAGGUAACAAAAAAUAUGAUUAUAAAUACUUCUUUGAUUAAAAUUGAUUUUUUUUUUUUUUAAUUUUACGUGCAUACCUUGUAAACAGCUACCUGUAUUUUGGUAAGCCAAAACAUAUAUAUAAAUUCAGAAUUACGUAUUAUUCAAAAAUAAUGGAGUUUUAAAUAAAAUACAUUUAAAAAUUUAGAUAUGUACGAUUUCAAAUCGUUGUGUACAAUAUAUAAUUAUUACAUCAUUUAUUAUUUAAGGUGAUGACGGUGUAAAAGGAGAAAAGGGAUUACAAGGACCUCCGGGACUAAGAGUAACUGAUUUAUUUUAUUUUAAUAAAUAAUGAAUAUUUUACUUAUUUUUUAUUUUAAAUAAUUUUUUAUAUUAAUAUUAUUAUAAAAAUAUGAUUUUGAUUUUGAUUAAAAUUACUAACAUAACAAAUAAAAUAUCAUGUUCGUAUGUAUUUUUUUGUUUACUUUAGGGGCGUGAUGGCUAUCCUGGACCACCUGGGCCUGUUGGUCAAAAAGGUUAUUAUAAAUUGAUUAACAUUUAUAUAUUAUGAGUACAACUUUAACAAAAAUCACGAAAAAAAAUUUUACUUUAAAUUAAAAUGCACUUCUAAUUUAAAAGAUUACCAAAAUGUAUUAUUUAAACCUAGCUAUCUACAUAUUUUAAAUUCAUGUAGUAUGGUUUGCAGCUUUUCUCCAUUAUUCUCAAUCAUCUAAUUUCUUUAAAUUGUGCAUACGAGACAUAAUUUGUUGGAUGUAUAUUUAUAUUUAAUAAAUUUAUCAUGAUCAAUAAUUAAAAUAGAAAUACAUUUUAUGUUCUGAAAUUAUUGACUUUUUAGUCAACAUCCUAUCAUAUAUUUGUAUUUUUCAAACAGGUGAUCGAGGAAAUGAUGGCUUGAAUGGAUUAGACGGUAGAAAUGGACCAAAAGGAGAACCCGGUUGGUAUUCUUAUUUUAUUUUUCAGUUACUUAAUAAUACGUAAAUCAUAAUUUUUGCAUUUACUUUUAACGGUUCUGUAAUAUCAUUAACUGUUUAUUAUCACGUCUCAGGCCCUUUCUUAAAAUGUUUGGUUAACGCUCACCGGUGGUUAAUUUUGCUACAAACUAGCUACAUUAUUUCGGUUAACUUACAGCUAACCAAAACUUUUCGAGACAUUGUAAUAACCAGGCUAAAAGCUAAAUUGCUAUAUUAAAUAUUUUUUCGAUAUUUUCAGGAAGAGAUGGUGCUCCAGGGACAAUAGGAUUGCAAGGUCCACCGGGACAACCAGGGGUAUAUAUUUAGUUUAUCAAAAAUAUAAUAACCAUCAUAUUUUUAAUUCAAUAAAUUAUAUAUAUAAUCAUCAAAUCCUACAAAUCAAAUCAUCCUACAAAUCUUAAUAAGUUUUGAUGGCCUUUUUCAAUUUCUAUACUAAUAUGCAAUAGAUACUUCUAUAUUAUGAGGGUUUUUAGUAAUCUCCCUAGUGUGUCUAAUGUCUAUUACUUUUGGUCAUUCUUUAUUUAUUUCUAGACAAACUGUUUUUUCUAAUUAUUAUUAUAUAAUACUAACUGAGUUAGAAAUACAUUUAUAUUAUUAAAAAAUUAAGGCACUAUACUUUUUUUUACUGCUCAGAUCAAAAAUUUGAUUAGUUAAAAAUCUACAUCUGACAGCACGCAUCAUUUUGCACAAAACCACGUGAAAAUCGGUUUAGUAGCUUUUGAAUUUAUUAUUUCAGAUAAUAUCCGCUUAUUUAUAUAUUAUACAGAUUUUCUAUUAGUUAGUAAUGCAAAAUUGAAAGAUGAAGAAUCUACAACAUUAAGUCAUAAAAAAAUCUCUUUUACUAUCUGCAUUAGUUUAUACAAUUAUGAUAAUAUAGAUAUUAAAAUAAAAAUAUUUAAACCUAGGGUGGAAAAGGCAGACCUGGUCCACCAGGACCUCAAGGACCACGGGGAUACCCUGGACCUACUGGUAAAUCUUCAAGAUUUUAUAACAUUAAACACUAGUUUAAAACCCAUGUAGUUCAAUAAAUAAAUUGUUUAAUAUCGAUUUAUCAAUUAUAGGUCCAAAAGGUUUAGAUGGAAUAGAUGGACUUCCUGGUUACACAGGUCCAAAAGGAAACACUGGAAGCCCAGGUAAUAUUAUAUUAUUUUAGACACGUUUAAAUAAAUUCUGUAUUCAUAUUUUAAUACAAAAUAAUUUUAAAAAUAUUAAAUGAUUUAGGACAACCUGGAUUAGUUGGUCCGGAAGGUUUACCUGGUGACAAGGGAUCUAAAGGAGAACCUGGACUUACAGGUAUGUAUAAUUUUUUAAUAAUUUAAUUAUAAAUUUAAAUAAUUGAAUGUAUACAACUAUGUCUACAAGAUUUUCAAAAAAAAUAUAUAUAUAUAUAUGUAUAAGUAUAUUAAACAAUGAUAACUUGAAAAAACUAAAAAAUAAGGUAUUUAUCUCGAUUGUCCGAGUAAUAGUUAAAUUAAAAAUGGUUUUAAAAUAAAGCUUAACCGAUUGCAUAAUGAUUAAAAAAAAAAAAACAGAAAAAUAAUUCACUUAAAAACCACCGAGAAAAUUGCAGGUACAAGAUAAAAAAUCACCAUGCAUAAACUCGUCAAAAUAUCUAAAUGUAUUCUUUGUAAUAAGCUAUUAAAAAAAAACUAAUAAAAUAUACUUUGAAAUUUGAACCUUCUUAAAAAUGUUACCGUAUUAGUUUUUAAUAUUUAAAUACUUAUAUAUUAUGAAUUGUGUAGGGAUAAGUCUAAGUCAACAAAAUUAAUUACCAACCUAUUAUUUUUGUUUUAUUAACUGUUUUAUUUGAUUUGCAGGUUUUCCGGGAGAAACUGGUCCAAGAGGUAUGAAUUAUAUUUUUAUAUUUUGACUAUUUAUGAGAUAUCUGGUUCAUCAAAUCCAUUUUUUCAUAAAAACCAAAAAUACAAUUUUAUGGAAUUCAUCCAUGAAAUAGAAUUGUUUACAUAAUUAACAGCACGCAGAAUUAUACUGCUAAAAUAUCCAAAUUUUAAUAUCAAUUAUAUAUCAUAUAAUCUCAAUAUUAAUUUGUUUUCUAGUAAUUUUAAUUUAGAAAAUAGGUAACUAUUAAAUAAUCAUUUGUUAAACAAAUUCCAAAAAAAAAAAAAAAUAAUUAUAAUAAUAAUAAUAGUUUGAUUAAAUAAAUGUAUAUUACAUGAAACUACAAAUUUGAAUUAUAUUUUACUUAUAGGUUUUGAUGGAUCGCCCGGUGAACCUGGAGCCAUAGGAUAUCCAGGUGAAAAGGGUGCAUCAAUUAUAGUAAGUCUCGAGUUUUAAGUUUAUUUGAUCAUCAAUUUUUUUUUUUUUAAUAUGUUUAUACAAAUUAUAAUAACAUAACAUUUAUAAUUCAAAUCUUUUCCCUUCAUUAUAUUAGUAUAUAUAACUAUUUUCUUUAAUAAUAAUAUGAUAUUUUAAUAGGGGCCUAAAGGUUUGGAUGGAGUAGAUGGAAGAGACGGAGAAAAGGGAGAUAAGGGUGAGCGUGGAUAUCCGGGUGAACGAGGAGCACCAGGUGAGAACAAUAAAAAUAACAACAAAAUUAUAUAUAUUAUACUGAAAUAUAAUAAUAAAUAAUACUAAUAAUCUUUUUUCUUUUUCAUUAUUUAGGUGAUUCGCCUUUAGGUAUUCCUGGACCACCAGGUUUAAUGGGUCCUCCCGGAGAACAGGGAGAUGAAGGUAGACCGGGAAUACCCGGAAUUCCAGGUAAGUUAUCUUGUUUUAUAUAAUUAACAAAAUUGUAAUAUUCAAAUAAAAAAUAAUAUAUUGUUUGAAUUAUUACGUAGUUAUUAAUUAUUAUUAAUACAUAAUUCAUAAAUAUUAUAAUGACAAUUCAAUAUUUAUAAUUUACAUAUAGAUUGUAUUUAUUAAUUAUAUUAUUGUGUAUCUAUUUUUUACUAAUGUAUUAUAUUAUAAUGCUGCAUUCAGGUCGGGACGGUCAAAAAGGAGAAAUAGGCGGACGUUGCCAAAACUGUCGUCCAGGAGAGAAAGGAGCUAAGGGUGAAGCGGGCUUAAGCGGAAUUCCAGGUUUACAGGUAACACUUAAAUGAUUUACUAUGUUUACAUGCAACAGUGAUUCAUGUUAAUUCGUUAUUAUCAUUAAGAAGAACGGUACCUGCGCAUUUAUUUUGCUCAAAUUUAUGCUAAAAAACUCUCAUGCCUUAAAGAACUCCAUUUUUAAAUGUUUUUAUAAUAUUCUCUGUAUGUUCUUUUUUUUAAAAAAGGUCAUUUUUACCUUCUCUUAACUAACUUUGGUCUAUUAUUUUAAAUCAAACGAAAAAUCUAAAUUCAAUGCGAGCUAAAUCAUAUAAACAAUGAGUUAUUUUUAUUCACGCAGUUAUUUCUGUCAGUAAAAACGGCCGCGCUUUUUUCUUAAAUGAAUAUCGGGUAGAUCAGUGAACAAAUUUUAUUUUCAAAGUGAUAAUUAUAAUAUUAAAAUGUAUAUUUAAAUGUUUCAAAUUGGAAAAAAUUUUAAAACCAGAACCGGGUUCAAACUAAUAUAGUAAAAUAACCGAUUAUUAUGCAAUAUGUAAUUUUUAUAAUUUUGUGAAGGGGCCAAGAGGACUACCGGGUGAAAGAGGCAUAGCAGGUGAACCGGGUGCAGAAGGACCGAUCGGAUUAACGGGCCUGCAAGGUGAACCGGUAAGCAUCCAAUAUGAAUUAUUAUUUUAUAUAUUUUUUUGUUUGUUUUGCAAUGUUAUUUCUAAAGUUGCUGCUAGAAGAGAAUAGAAAAUUUAAUUUAUUCGUUUAUUGAUAAAACGUAAACGUUAUUUUAUUAUUUAUUGCUUUACGUAACAUUAUCAUAUUUUUCAAAUUAUUUUCCAGGGUAAAGAUGGUGAACCCGGUACACCCGGACAAAUAGGUCAGAAAGGAGAUCCGGCUAUCAUACCCGAAAAUUAUAGAGAUUUCCUAAAAGGAGAACCUGGUCCCAAAGGUGAUCCUGGAAGGUAAUUUUACGAAAAUAAAUAUAAAACCAUAAAUGAUUUUUUAAUACAUCAUGUGUGUGGUUCUUAAUUAUUUCAAAGAAAUCCAAAUAGAUAUUAUAUAUAAAUAUAUAUAAAAAAAAUGAUGUAAAAUAAGCAUUUACAUGCUUAUGUACCGAAAAGAGACAGGACUAUUUAAUAUUACGAGCAGAGCAAGGAUUAAAAUUGGUUUACUAUGGUAUUGUAACUAACUAUGGUACCAGAAAUCUUGAUCCAAUUAAAAAAAUGACAAAAGAUCUUUUUUGUUUGAAUUUCGAAUCUAACAUUUGUGUUAUAAAGGCUAUUUUUUGAUUUUAUAAGCUUUUUUUUAAAUGAUCGAGAAAAAAAAUAAUAUAUUUUUGAGAUAAGUUUGAGUGAAUUACGUAAGGGAUGGACAUGGUUUUCCAAAUUUUUCCAAUUUCGUAAAAUUUGAAAAUUAUUUUCUACCAUUUAAUGAUCACUUUAAUAAUAUAUUUCCGAUAAUUGACUAUCCAAUACCCAUUUAAAAGGAAGAUGCACUGAUUUUACGAAUGAAUAUGGCAUGUUAGACAAAUGAGUUAGAGUAAAAUUCCUCCACUACUAUUCACUUAAUUUAAAUUAUGAAAUCAUGUUUAAUUUUGGGUUUUCUUCUAUUCAUCUUAAAGUUUUGUAGCAAACAACUUUUCGUUUUUAUUAAGUUAAAUUAUUUGCAAUAAUUAACAAGUUUACACUUUUUUUAAUAAACUCGUAUUUGAGUAAAGAAAAAAUAUAAACACAUUAUAUAUUUUUGCUCCAAACACAAAAAUAAAGUCAGAUAAUUUUUACAAAACAGAAAUUCGACUACUAGAAUCAGAUUUAAAAUGUUUGAGAAAAAAAUCAAAUUUGACCGCUUUAAUUCAUAAAGUGAAUUGUAUUUAUAUAUUAAAAGAUAAAUGAGCAUUGUAAAUAUUAUAAAUUUGAAAAAAUAACCACUUCAAGCAAUAUUAUAAAGUUGAUACGGCGCGGGGAAUAGACAAAUUUAAUACACACGUGUGUAGGUAAUAUAUUUGUAGAUAGAUUUUAAUAUUAUACUGUGUCAAUUAUUAUAUAAAUAUUCUAAGUAUAUUGUUUUAAAUGUUUCCACAAAGAAAAACGACUCUGAGCAAAGUUAAAAAAAAUUACUACAUUACAGUCAUUUUUUUUUUUGAUCACAAAGUUUGACUUAUAGAUUAUAAUAAAUCUUCUGUUAUAUUCGUAUGCACUUCGUGCAUCGCGUCUAACAAUUUAAGCUACCUAUCGUAUACAAAUAACGUAAAAAAAAUCGCAAAAUUAAAAAGUCAAUAAAAUCCUCAAAAAUGUCAUAGAUUUUUUCUACUUUUUAUCUCGUCUAUAAAAAGCAAAUAUAAUUUCUCUGUUCAAAUUUCAAGUCUCUACGAUUAUAUUAACAAAAUAACACAGUUUAAAAUAGUAAAAUUCCUCGUAAAUAUGCAUGUUUUUCCUACGUUUUUUCCCGUUUUUCACAAUUAUAAUAAAAAACCACUUAGGAAAUCAAAAAAAUGAUUCCUUCAAUAUAUCAAGUGAAGACAAUUUCCUUUCAGAAAAGGUGCUACACCUGAUACCUUGGAGGAAGAUUUCAAACAAAAACGUGACUCACAGUUAAAUAGAUUUAAUAAAAAAUAAACAUCAUUGCAAAACCUAAUACAUUUCUGCCUACGCUCCGAAUCUAAAAAAUUCCUCUAUAACACUACCUUUUAUUUUUUUUUACCACAAAAUACAACUUAAAAUGAACCUUCUAUUAAUCCUUCCAGCAUUUUUGUAAGGUCAAUUAAUUAUAACCACAAGUAUACAUAGUAUCAACCUAGUAAAUUUACGUACACUUGUAAAUAUAGAAUUCCUUUAAAUAGAACAAAAAUAUUUCCGGAAGAUUUUAAAAAUCUCUCAUUUCUUGAAAUGUAAAAUAUAACUUUUCUGUCAAAAUGUUAGUUUCUAUGAGUAUUUUUAACUGAAUUACAACAGAAAAACAAUGAUAAAGAUUAUUUUCGUAUAUUUUUGCCGUUUUUUCUUUUUAUACAUUUAUUUUUAAUACGGUUACUGAAACUCACUAAGAGGAACUUAUGCUAAAUUUUUAAGAAAACUACACAGAAAUUAAAAAACCAACUUACUUACUCACUAACUAGAUUAAAAAUUGUAACUUCGUACAUUGGUUAGUAUUUAUUUUACAUCGUUUUAUGGAUUUUUCAAUUGUUAUGAAAACUGCUUUAAAAAUCAAAAAAAUAACUUACCACACCUCAAAUAGAUUUCAAAAGCAAUAAUAAAAAAGUGAUUUUUUUAUUUUUUGAUUGAAUCAAGAUUUCUAGUAAAAAAGUAGCUCACAAAAAAAAAUAAAAAAAGAAUAGAUCCCUCGAUCCGCUCCGAAUCUAAAAUUGCACUUUAAAAACAUUAGUGCCCAUAUCAACAAUUUUGGAGAGAAUUUAUUAAAAGUUAGAUAAGAUGUUUGAACAAAAUAUACUAACUGUUUGUAAAAAUUGAAUGUUUAUUCAAAAUGGUUUUGAAUAACCACUAUAAUACAAUAUAUUUCACCGAUUAUAGGCAAACUUACGAGGUAUUAACAUUGCUUUUAGGCGAUUUUUAAAAUACAAGAUAAAAUCUUUACAAAAAUGCAUUUAGAUAAUUUGUUAAAAAUCAACAUUUUAUUAGGGAUGGUAUACAAGGACCUCCCGGAUACCCGGGAUCUCAAGGAAAACCCGGUAACGAAGGAUUUCCUGGAAUUCCUGGAGAGAAGGUAAAUACUAUUCAAAGAAACAUUUCAUUAUUUUUGACUUGUCUUAUUUUUAUGCAAAAUAUACGUAUAACCUUAUCAAAAUAUAAUAUUAGUAGCAGGGUUUAAAUAUUUAUACUUUUUGUUAUUUUGACUGAUAGUUUACUAAUUAAAAAUUCGGUUCAUAAUGUCUGUGUUUGAAAUUUCAAAACAUCUGAAUUUUAUUUUGCAUGUAUUUCCGAUUUUCCGUAAAUUUGGCUUAUUAUGUUUUAAAAAUAUAUUUAGCGAAUGGCCUUUUGUAUAACACAAUUAAAAUACCAUAAUAAUCUAAAUCCGAAUUAGAUUAUUCGUAUUUUAUGCAUUUAAUAUUUUUGAGUGCAUUAACAUCCAAUCUCUUAUUCCUUAAUUAUUAGUAGUUAUAAUUUAUAACCUUAAUGUUUCAAUACUCGUAAUAUGGAAAUGUACUAUACCUUUACUGAAUUUAUUCAACAGGGUUAUAUAUUUGAUUAAUGAUUAUAUCCCCCUAGCUUUUAGUUUUUCGUUAUCUGUUCUGUAGUAAAUGGCUACGAUUCUUGUAUAGUGAUAUCGAUUUAAUUAAAUGAUAUUAUAAUUAAAUAAUAUAUUUUAUAUAUUUAGGGCGAUAGAGGAUUCCCUGGUGCUGAAGGAAGAUCGGGUAAAUAUAAAUAUAAUUUAGAACAAUAAUAAAUAUAAAAAAAAAAACAAAUUUUAAUGAUAAAAUACAUCUGAAAACAAAUUUAUAUCUAUUCAACACGUCCGCUCUUGUUCGAAAAAUAAUUCAGUACCUAGCUUUUAGUAUAAACAUAUUUUAUUAUUUAUAAUAGAAAAUGUUAUAAAGUAAUAGCUAGUAAAAAUCUUAAAAUUAUAUUUCUUGCUUAAAAUAAAAUGGUUUCACAAAAACUAAAACUCACAUCAUUGUGAAAUGUAUUUUUCUUUACCCCGGUCCACUUAAAAUAUUAAAUUAUGACAAAUAUGUAUUUAUAUUAAUCUACAGGAACACCGGGACUGAAUGGAGUCAAAGGCGACAAAGGAUUAAGUAUAAUAGGAGAGCCAGGAUUAAAAGGAGAACAUGGGUACCUAUUUAUUUUAGACAUAGUAUUAGUGACAUUUUAUGAUUUCAAAAAGAAACCAUUAUGAUUCGUAUAAUUUGUUUACAGUUUAAAAGGAAAUAAAGGAGAGCACGGGAUAACUGGUCCUAAAGGAUUUCCCGGUUAGUAAACAUUAUCAGAUAUUUCUAGUAUUUAAAUAUUUACUACGAUAGAUAUAAAUAAACAAUGAUUUAUUAUAUAUACGGAUUUUAAUGAACAAAAUCUCACAAUAAAUACGAUGUAAAUAAAUAUACAAAAUAAUAGUAUUGGUGUACAUACUGUACAUGUAAAAAUAGCUUAUAGUUUAAUUAUUUAUGAUACUAUACCGGUUUCAAAAAAAAUGUAUAAGUUUGUACACAUAAAUUUUCGUUGAAAAAAGAAUAAAAUAGUAUGAUAUUUUAUGAACAAUAAUAAUUAUUUACUAACAUGUAUUAUAUUCCUGUAGGUGUUUGUAAUCAUACCAUUCCGGGCCAACCUGAACGAGGCCAACCAGGAAGUCAAGGAGAAAAAGGUGAACCUGGUGUACCAGGAUAUAAUGGUGAGUAAACGAUUCAAUAAUUUUAAUUCCGUAAUUUCCUCUUUUUUUUUUCCUAACCUAUUAUUUUUAAUUAAUAGGUGCACCUGGUGACAAGGGAGAUACUGGACCAACUGUAAGUAUUCUUUUUUUUAUGUAUAAUUAGGUAUCUAUCCUAAAUGAUUUCAAUAUAAUAAUAUAAGUCAUUAUUUAUGAUUUAUUUAAUUAGCUACAAAAUAACUAUUAAUAUUUAAAACUGUAAAACACGUUUUAGAAAAUAUAUACCAUCCUCGAUAUUAAUAAUAACUAAAAAAAAAAAAAAAAAAUGGUUAGUAUGUAUCUUUUUUUAUUUUUUUUACUCAGUAAUCAAUUUUUUACAUGAAAUUGUACUCUGAUUUUCAUGUAUAGCACUUUUUCCGAAAGGAAAUUUAACUGAAGUGAUACUUGGAAGUUUGUUUUGAUUUUCUCAAAUGUCUUCAUAAAAAUUGAAUAUACGUAGGAAAACUGUGAAAUUUACGAAAUUAAUAAUUUUUUCAACUUUUUGUUUUGAUUGGGUAAAAAAUAUUUUUAGAAAUUUAAAGUUUGGGCAGAAAACUUACAUUUGUCUUUUCUAGACGUAGUAAAAUUAACAAACAUUGGAGUGAUUUUUGGGCUAUACAUAAACAUUUAAAUUUUACAGAAUUGUUUUUAUUUAAUUUUUUUUUGAUAGAUACUCUGUAGAUAAAAUUGUUAGACCAAAUAAAACGGUUAGAAAAUGUAACAGAAGAUUCAAUAUAAGUCGUACUUUAUGGUAAAGAAAAAUAGAAAUAAAAUUGUGUGCUUUGUAGAAUUAUGUUUUUAUUAAAGUUAUUUUGUUUUUAAAAAGUUAUAUAGAUAUUUUGUGAUGUAUUACCAUUAUCACUAUUCACUAUUAUGUAUUACAUCCAAGUUCAAAUGAUUAUUAUAUUUAUAUGUAUUAUAUUAUAAUUAUAUUACUAUAGUAUGGAAUUUAUAUUGAUGACAAAACAAUACUUUUAACAGAACUCCACUCAAAAUCGUUUUUUUUUGUUUGCAACGGUUAUUCGUUGCUUACAGAUAUACAUUAAAUUUUCCCUCUAUCUUCCUAACUUCUCGCCUACAAUAGUGGCUCACCCAUCAUGCAAAGUAUAUCAGUCCUUUUUCAUAAUUUUUUUUUUAUAUUUAACCUCAAAAUCUGUUUUUCCUCAUUUUCUUGAAUAUUUAUGAGAAUUUCAAUAAAUGACCUUUUUAAAGUACCAACAAAAGCCAAAAUGCAACAAAAUUGUCAUAUUUUGUUUGAAGAAAGAUUUAAGAAUAAAAGUUAUUAUUUACAGUAAAAAAAAAAAUACGUACCACAGUAAAACCAAUAGAUUCUAACUUCACUCAGAAUCUUAAAAUAACUAGACAUAAAAAGAAUGGGAAUUUAACAAAUGUAAUCUAUACACUGUCAUGAUAAAACACUUUUACCUUUAUAGAAAAACAUAAUUAUUUAGUAAAAUUACUUAAUUAAUCAUUAUUUUAAAUUAGAGAUUGAAAUAUAAAAAAUACAACCAACUAAUUUAUUAAUAAAAGUCCUUUUCUUUUUAACUAUAAAAUAAAAUGCAUGUUUAAUUAUUAUUGUAAGUCUUACUAAUAUUAUUACCUAUUGUUUAUACAUAUUAUAAUAUUAUUAUUAAUUAUUUACUUUUUCUCACUCAGAUAUCUCAUCAUUAACUGAAAUUAGGUUCCUUACUCCCAUGAUAAGUAUCGCUUACAGGGAGUUGGUAUUAACAUAUAUAUUUAAUAUUGUAUAUAUGUUUAUUUUAUAUUAUUAAAUGUUGAUUUUAAUGUUAAUAGGGUCCCACAGGAACGCAAGGACCAAGAGGACCACCUGGUGAGUAAUCAAUAUAUAUUUUAAUCUUUUAACAUAGGUAAUUCUAAUCUACUUUGUGAAUUGUACAUUUAAAUAUUUAUAAAAUAAACUCUAAAAAUAAUAACAGAAUAACAAACUCAUAAUAUCAUUGUUCUCGAACAUUUUUUUUUUAAUUUUCUUUAUACCUCAUCACAAUGAAAUGAUUUUCUCUAAUCACAAUUCAAUUGCUUUAGGUCCUGUUGGCCCGAGAGGAUUACCAGGUAUCCGUGGCGAUAAAGGAUCUCCAGGAGCUAUGGGUUAGUAUUUGUGCGUUUAAAAUAACAAUAAUAUUAUGCAUUUUUUACUAAAGAAAAAAUAUUGUGAAUUACCAAGUUCAUAUUGAAAAUACAUCCACACCGUUAAAUGUUUAAUUUUAUUUAGUUUAAUAGAAAACGAUUUUUUACCUGGAAAAAAAAGGACGGACAUAUAUCGCAUGUUGAAGCAGCGACUAUUAAAGGUAGAAAGUUGGGAAGGUAGGAUACAGAUGGGAAUUUAUUGUAUAUCUAUAAACAACCGUUGUUAGCAAAAAUCGAUUCUGUUGCGGUGUUCUGUUGAUAGUGUUGCUUUGUCAACAAUAUAUUAUAAGUCAUCUUAUAGUAAAAUGAUUACGAUGUGCGUUUUCAUUACAAGAAUGAUUGUUUAAAAAAUAUUAAAAUACCAAAAAAUUCAAUAAUAGCAAUAAUUAAUAAAAACGGUUGCCAAUGAUAACGCUAUUUUAAAUUUUUCAAUCUUUUCUAACCUAAAGAACCGAGUUUUCCUCAUUAUCUCUAAUAUUAUUGCACAUUUCAAAAAUAACCUUUCUAAAUUAACCCUCAGAGAACAGCAUCUUUGAGAAAAGAUGAUAAACUUGAUAAUUUAAGCAAGUUUUCUGGUAGAAAAAAUGUUCACAUAAAAAAAAAAUACACAUCAUUGUAAAACUAAUACAUUUUUCUCUAAACUGAGAAUCUAAAAUACAAGUAUAUAUUAUACGUACAAAUACAGAUUGUUUUUAAAAUGCACACAGUUUUUUUUUUGUUUGAUUGACACAUAUUUACUACCAAAUAUCUCCGUAGUCAAAGCCAGUAUUUUCAUUGACUAAACGAAUCAAACGGUAAAAUAAGAACUUAAAGCUGUAAUUAGUAGUAGUGGGAGGUUCACCAAAGGGUGUUCAAUUUCUUAGGUAAAUUUUAGACACUGUUCAGUAAAUAUGUACCAGCAGAGUAGGGGAAUCAAUAUUACUAAACCUGAUUUAUAUACAUAUUUAGUUAUUUGUCAGACUUCGAUCUAAAAACGUUUGUUCAUUUUCCCUGGGAAAACUAUUAUUCGACUACGCGAGUUAAUUAGGCCCAUAGUCUAUACGUGUUAUUAUUGUUGUAAGUUUCUAUCUAUAAAUUAAUAUUACUUUUACACGUCGAUCGGAACCGGUUUUUAUAGUUCAUAAAUAGCUUUAUCAUGUUGUACAUUUGAUUUAUUGAAUACACCAUGUCUAUAAGCAGCAGUUGAUCUACCAAUAUUACAAAAGUGUUCUCUUAAUAAAUAUAUGAAUAUCACAUGAAUGUGACGCUGUUAAUACGUGAGAUUUAUGAAUUUACUUUAAUUCAUAUUGCACUAUUGUUAUUUGUUAAAUCUUGUUUUUGUCUAUAAUUUGUUUACGUCAUAUUAAUUUUCCGCUCUUAUUGUUAACAUUUAUGUAAGAAAUAUUUAACAUGUUCAAAUAAAUGUAUAACCCAGGGCCUCCACGUGAGUUAUCUCAGUGUGGUCCAGUAAUCUGUUAAACGAUUUUUAGUUAAAAUAAAAUAAGUUUACUUAGGAAUGGCAUUAUUAUAGAAUCAUUAUUCAAUGCCAGCGCUCUGAUAGACUGUUCAGACAAAAAAAUUGACUACUUUACGCGUGUAAUCCUACAAAGAUUAUCUAUGGCGACAUUAAAAUAUAUAAUUUAAGAGAGAGCAGUAUUUACUUGAUGAUACUAUCACUAUUAUGAUUGUGUUAUUGUAUGUAUUACAUACACACAUUAUUUGGUAAAUACAUUGUAAAGUUUUAGUUACUUUAUCGACUAUUUUCAGGUUUCCCCGGUGAUGAUGGGCAAAUUGGAGAAAGAGGAUAUCCGGGAGCACCCGCAGCGAAAGGUAAUGGUUUUCUAAUUUAUUAGAAAUACGAAAUAAAAACACGCCUCUUAAUUUAUUAAUACAACAAAUAUCCAAUAAUGAAAAUUAAAUUAAUUAAAUGUAAAUAAUUAAACAAUAAAUGCUUUUAUAACUGUAAUUUUUAUAUUCAAAUAUAUUUAUGUAAAAAUAUAAUACAUUUCAGGCGCAAAGGGCGAGCCAGGUAUCUCUGCUGUCGGACCAAAAGGUUCGGAAGGGUAUCCCGGCCAACGUGGUGAAAAAGGUAAUAUUAUACUCAUUUUUUAAUAAUUUCAAUACAUGCAUAUUUGUUUUGUAUUUAACUAACUACUACCUAUUCGUUAAAAUUAUAAAUAAAUAAGUACUAAAAGUAUAAUUAAUAAUGAUUAUAAAUACAUAUUUUUUUUAUACUGAACAUUAUUGUCCGUUAUCCCUUAAUUUAUUAAUAUUUUAUUUAAUAUAUAUUUUUAUUUUGAACAGGAAUUCAAGGACCGUAUGGAAAACCUGGACUUUCGGGUGAACCAGGUAAUUAAAAUAAUAUAUAUAAAUAUAGUAUUUAUAAAUAACACUGUUUUGUUUUAUAAAUACAAAAUUCUGGCUACAUUUCUUUGUGUUUAAUUUUUGAAAAAAAAAAAUAUAUUAUUUGUACACAGUACAAAAGGCGUAUGUAUAUUAUAUGUAUGACAUCGAAAAAAUUUUAUUCGGCAUAUGGGAAAAUGUUCGUAAAUAGAAAAAUUUAUAUACACAUUUUUUUUAAGUUGGAAUCUACUACAAUUUUUUGCUAUCGUAAAUUUAUUGAAUUGAGUAUAGUUAAAUAUUUAUUUUUAAAUCUGAAAUACUAAAUUUUUUUAACAGAAUAAUUUAGUUAACACAACAAAAGGUUUUUAUUUUUUACUAACCUUUUUUUUAUAAUACUACAAUCACCAUUUAGAUGUUAUCUAGCUGUUAAAAUAAAACAAAUUAAAGUUAGACCAGUAUAAAACGUGUAAUAAUAAUAAAUUUAUAUUGAUGUAUAUAGACAAUUAUAUGACAAUACAUUUUUUGGUUUUAGGAACACCUGGACAACCAGGAGAAAAGGGAGAUCAAGGUAAUUUUAUAUUAUAUAAGGAUAAUAAAUGUUUUUAAACUACCAUAUUAUUACGAGUAUAUCUAUACUAUUCCUAAUAAUUUUACCUGAUUGUUAAAUAAUAUGGUUGCAUUUAAGGUGAACCCGGUUUACAAGGAUUAUCUGGACAACCCGGAAGUAAAGGAGAACCUGGUAUGUACUGCAAUUUAGACAAUUUUUUCAAAACGUUUUGAUUAUUUUAUUGUUUAUAGGCCCUGUUGGACCUAGUGGACUACCCGGAUUUGAUGGUAAACCUGGACCUGAUGGACCUAAAGGUUAGAUGAUAAGAAAAUAAGAAAAAAGUUUUUGAAAAAUAAGUAUUUUUUUCUAAUAUUAAUUUGUCUUUAUUAGGUGAGCCUGGAUUAAUUGGCGAACCGGGAAGAGAAGGACUUCAAGGGUUCCCCGGACCAAAAGGUAAAACAGUUCAAUAUGUACGUAAUAUAAGUACAUUUAUACAUAAAAAGAACAGUGGAAAUUAAAGAAACCAGUUUAAAUCGGUUAAAAGUUAAUCAUAUAUAGUGAUUUGUAUAAAUAGAUACUACUAAAUUCUAAAAUUAUAUAAUACAUUAAUAUAUUUGUAUUUUAUUGGCAUUUGAUCAUCGACUAAUAAUCAAACUCGUAUUAUUCUAGGUGAUGAUGGUUCCCCUGGUCUGGACGGUCCCAAAGGAUUCCCAGGUUACAGAGGUUCCCCAGGUAAAUAUAAUAAAUAUACUACGUAUUUAAAAUAUAUUGUUUAUUGACUUAUUUAUUUUUAAUCAUUACAUAUAUAUUGGAUUUCAAAUUUUCAAAUGUUAUAAUAUCUUAUUCUAAUUAUUUCUUAUGAUUCAAUCCAUUUUCAAUACCUAUACAAUUUGCAUAAUUAAAAUAAAUACUUAAUUGAUUUAGGUGCACCUGGAAGUCCUGGAAUCGAUGGAUUACCAGGUAAAAAUAAUUAAUUAAUUAAUUUCUGCAGUUUAUAAUAUUGUAUAAUUAAUUAUAAUUUGAUUUUAUUUAUUUAUUUAUUUCAAUGUAACUUUAACAAAUUCUAUUUAAAUAUCCGUAGGAGAAAAAGGUGACAAGGGAGAUAUUGGUUUACCCGGACAAGCUGGAUUACCGGGAAUAGACGGUUUAACAGGGGCUCGAGGAUUGAAAGGUAUUUUUUUUUUUUUUUUUGAAAUAGGAAAUUACAUUAAACAUAUUUUUAUAUUUCUUUACCAUUUAUUAAUACGCUGAACCAAUUACUGGUAUACCUAUGUUAUUAUUUUAAAUGGAAUUUAUUUUAUUUUUGCUACUCCGUAUAUUAGAAUUAAAAAUCUAAAAUAUUAAAAUGUUCUUAUAACUUCUAAAAAAAAUAUAUUUUGCACGAUGAGUGGGCCACUCUUGUAGAUAAGAAAUUGUAAAGGUAGGAUAUAGAGAGAAAUUUGAUACAUAUAUAUGUACGCAACGAUCAAUCAUUAUUAACGAAAAUAAAUUCUGAACGGGGUUCAAUUAAACAUGUUUUAAAUGACCAUACAAUUUACGAUUCUAAUUAAAAUUUGGUAUUCAAAUUCUCAUAAAAAAAAAAAUUAUACUCGAUCUUUAUUAUUUUAUUUUACCACAAUGUACAACUUAUAAAGAACUUACUGUUCAAUUUUCAUGCGGUUCUCUUUGGUCUAACAAACUCAUUAAACUUAUUUUAUUCCGGUUUUGCACAUUUCUUAUAAAAAAACCAUUAGAAAAUUAAAAACUGACUUGCUCGAGUCACCGCCCAGGUGAAGUUUAAUUUCAGAAAAGGUGCUACACUUACAAAUCAAAUCAAGAUUCCUGGUAGAAAAGUUGUUUAAGUUGUUUAAAAAAAAAAAAACAAUAUACACCAUUUUAAUAUCAAUACAUUCUUUGCUUCGCUUAGAAUCUAAAUAACGUAACCAUAGAGAUUAAAUUACAGUAAUUCAAACUUCAAACUUAAUACAAGAAAAUGUAAACUUAUUAUCUUUUUUUUUCCAUAAAGUUUCCACAGUUUUUCGGGGCAUUUUAAAUAAUAUACUUACUAUUUUAAUAUUAAUAGUCUCCAAUUUUGUUCAACAUUUAGUAAUAAUCAAUCAUUGUAGCAACAACGAAUAAUUUAUUGGAGCUUAAUACAUUCCAUUGGUUUAAUAAAAGGAAAAUCUGUAACACUGUUUAUAACACUUAUAUUUUUAUAACAAUGUUUAUCGUACAUUUUAGGUGACAAAGGUGAAAUAGGUUUCCCCGGGCCUCCUGGUUCAAAUGGUCCACGUGGCUUACCAGGACCUAAAGGAGAUCGAGGUCUUUCAGGAUUACCGGUAUGCUUGUAUUAUUAUUUUUUUUUAUGCCAACAUAUUUUUUUAAUCUAUUGUGUUAUUUAUUAAUAGAAUAAUAUAGUAUUAUCGUAGAGACAAAGUAUAUUGCCAAACUUGUCAUGAUAUAUGUAUAAAUUGAAUACGUAUACACAUUUUUCAUGCUAUCUUAAUAAAUUAUAGGGAUUAAAAGGAGACGCCGGCCCAGUUUCAGAAAAGGGACAAAAGGGAGAGCCUGGUGAAUCAGGUCUUAGAGGACCUCAAGGACCACCAGGAAUUGAUGGUAUGCAUAUAAAAUUAAUAUAAUUAUUUAAAAAAAGGAUACAUUUUAAAAUAUUUCGCAUAAUUUUACCAAAUAUAAUAUUGAUAAGAUUUUUUAAGUAAACUGUGUAUGUAUACAUUCCAUAUUAUACUAUAUUAAUUUAAUUUGUAUAUAAUUAUACAAAUAAAACAUAAGUUGGUCAAAUGAUUACCUACAUUUUUUCGGUAAAAAUAAAUUGAAAAAGCUAAAAAUAAAUAAUACAAAUUACAUAAGUCACUAGUAGAAUUUCAUUAUAUACAUUAUUGUAGAUACUAUCAAAUCAUUGACUAUUUAAAAAAAUCAUAUUAUAUACUCGUGCAGAUGUAUUUUUAUUUUUUAUUGAAUUUUCUCUGAAAAUAAAGACUAUUGCACUGAAUUGUGUUUGUUAAAUAUGUAUACUCCCCCCCCCCAUGUAAAUUUUGGUUAAUUUUAUUGACUCCUUCUGGACCAAAUAAAUUCAAACUUAGGAAUUUGAAUUGUUUUACUGAUGGAUUAAUGUGAUUUUAAAGAAACGUGUUUUUUUUAGCUUAUUAAACACCUACAAACUCCCAAAUGAAGUCAGGGGGAUGAAAUCUUGUGUAUGCCUGAUUUAAGUAUCAAGGGUAUUCCCUUUAGGAGUUUACUGCAUCGGAGACGAUUUUCUUCAUUAAAACUGGACUAUAGAAUAGGAUAUACAUAAUAUUAUCACUCGUAUUUUAUAUUUAUAAAUCAAAUAUUACUAAUUAUUAUACUAUAAAAUCUUAUUUCAGGUUUGAACGGGGAAAAAGGAGAUGCUGGAUUCCCAGGUAUUGGAUUAAUAGGUCGAAAAGGAGAUAAGGUAAGUUCAAAUAUUUUAUUUUAUUUAAUUAAAUCUAUUAGAAUUAUUAUUGAUUAUAUUUUUCACUAUACUAUUUCGGUACCUAAAUAAUGAAAUUUUAAUGAAUAAUUUAUAAAAUAAAGAUACAAAGAAAUUAAAAAAAAAAAAUAAUCUCAACUUUAUCUUGAAUUUCGUCUUGGUUCAAUAUGCCAAUUUUUAUAAAAAGAAUCACUAUUAAAUAAAUAGCGUAUUCGUCCAAUUAUAAAUCGAUUACCUUGUAUUAUUAAUAUACCCGAUUGUUUUAGAUUCGGAGCGUAGCAAGAGAUUUAUUGGUUUUAUUAUGUAUGGUUAUUUUUUUUCCUGUCCUGUCCAAUAUAUGGAAUUGAGUACCUAAUUUUUUAAAAGAAAUUUUAUCUGGUUACUUCAUUGAACAGGUCAUUUGUUGUUUUUCGAAAUAAUGGGGAAAAACUAAAAUUAUAGGUAAAUCAACAAAUAUUUUUGGCACGUCUCGGCGUUAUCGAUUUUAUUGUAUUUAUCUUAUAAACUUAUGUUUUUUAUUAGAAAUAUUGCUUAAACGAAAAAUGACCGAGAUCAAUUUUGUACUAUUAUUUCAUAUACACAGACAAAGGAAGUCGUUUUUAUUUGUAUAAUAAUAAAUACGUAAUAAAAAUAGACGAAAAAUACGAUUUUUUCAAAUUACGGAACAAGGAUUUCAUUAUUUUAAAUUUGUACGGAUUAAGUCUUCUACCGUAAAUAUUUUAAAUAGAAAAGCAACUAGAUACUAUUUUGUUAGAAUUUUAUUCUUGUUGAUGUAUAAGAAAGUAAUUUUCUGAAUUUCUCUGUAGUUUUAUUAAUAAUAAGGGAAAAUCGGAAAAGACUUAAAAUGAAAACUGACUAAUUUACGUUACGAUUUCAUUAUUUAAAAUGUGUAUGCUUUCCGUGUUCUACCAGAAAUAUUGCACCAUUAGAAAAACAAUAAGAGAUCUUUUUUAUUCAAUUUAUAAUCAUUUUAGUAAUCAAGAAAGAAGUUUUUUGUUUUAUAAGUUUUAAAAUCAAUUUUAGACAGAUAUCGUAAAUAUUACGGCCUUUCAAAACUUGUGUAACCAAACAUUGCUCUGAAUCUUUUUCCGUUCUCUUUUUGGUCAAUAGUUGAUUACAGGUAUAAAUUAAAUAACUUUUUGUAUCCCAGCUUCCCAAUAACAGAUCUAAAACAGUGAUCACAUCAGUAUUCAAUAUCAGAUUUUUUUUCCUUGAUUACACAAAUAUCUUAUACAUAAAGUCUCGUUUUUUUAAACGAAUAAUAUUUUCCCGAUUAAUUUUUUAGGGUGAAUCUGGUUCACCUGGAUUUGAUGGACAACCCGGAAUCGAUGGUGAAAAAGGUUUCCCUGGAGUUGCUGGAGUUCAAGGAAUGAAAGGUGACACGGUAAGUGAAUUAUAAUAUUACAUUUAUAUUUUAUAGUUAAAAUUUCUGUUCAAUAAUAAUUAUCUGGAAUUGUUUUCCUUUUAAAAUCAUUCUUUAGAUUAUAAAUUCAUAAACAAACCCUUUAAUAAUAAUAAUAAUUAUUAUUAUUAUUUUAUUUACGGAAAUUAAUUUCCAAUUUCAAAAUAAAGAAUUUAUAGUUUAAAGUAACAGUUUUUUCUGAACAUGGUGAAUGAAAUAAUCUAUUAAUACUAAAUAAUAAAAUUAAGUUGAACAUUUAAAUUAUCAUGCAAAAUAAACUAUUUGCUAUAAAUUAAUACAAGGAUUAAUAUACUGAGUUAUAAACCAUGAAAGUAAUGGAUCGUUAAAACCAAAUGAUUUAAGUUUGGUUAAUAAAAGAGAAUGAUUAACUCUAUCAAACGAUUUUUCAAAGUCCAUAUAGAUUACAUCAGUUUGAGUUUGUAUAAAAUGAAUUGUUUACAAAUUUUUUGGUUGGUUAAUGAAGAUCGCCCUGGACGAAAACUAUGUUUUUCGUUUGAAACUAUACGUUUACAUAAUGAAAAUAAUUGAUUGUUCACCAAUUUAAAGAAUAUCCUUAGAAAUAUUUAAAUUUGCAAAAUUGGCCAGUAGUUUAUAACAAAUGACUUAUUUCCUUUUUUAUAGGUCGGUGAUAAAAUUAAAAAUUUCUAUAUUUUAGGAAAAAUAACCGUUUUUAAAGAUUUGUUAAAUAAAAAUUCCAUAAUAAGUGACGAUAAUAAUAAAUGAAUAUUCUUUUAGAAAUUUUGGGGGUAUGCCAUUAGUCCUGUUGAUUGUUUUAAAUUAAUAGACCAAAUUUCGUUGAAAAAAUCCAUUAUAGAUAUAUGUAUGGAGUCAAAGCAAAAUAAAGAGUUAUAAAAUUCGUAUAUAUUAUUAGUGUUUUUGAUUAUUAAUGGGUUCGAUUUAAAGUAAAUUAACAAUUCCUAAUCCAGAGGUAGAUUUUUAACAAAUUAGGACACAGAUGCAGGUAAUUAAUUAUUUGAUUUGUAUGAAUUAUAGAAAUUGCAAAAUUUUUAAGAUUAAUUUUGACUGGGUUUUGUGUGCAAUUAAAAUAUUUUUUAUAAUCACCGCAUCAAAUUAUUUUAUAAUGACUUCGAAGAUCAGAAAAACUUACGUAUGGUUUAGGCAUUUUUAAAAUUUAAGAUAUAUUAUGAGAAUUUUGUUUUUUCAAGUAUAUCUACCUUCUUUCACAGUAGUUUAUUAUCCUAUGAUUAUGUAGAAAUAGUUUUAGCUAUGUUAUCAAAUUUCUUAUUUAGUUUAUUAAGAUUAUUAUUCGUGUUAUUAACAGUAGAUAUUAUUUUACCUAGGGACUUAUUUAAUUCCUUCAGCGAAGCUUUUAUAGCAUCCUUAACUAUUAGUGUUUAUAAUGACGUAAAAAAUGUUAAUUUAGUGUAUAAAGAUAAGAAAACUAGCACACACAACUAUCAGAAUACAACUGACUUAUACUUGUAUACGUAAAUGUAAAGAUAUUAAAUUGAAUUUCACGAUGUUUUUUCCAUGACAGGGACUUCGUGGCGUACCUGGAACUCCAGGAAUGCCAGGAAUGGAUGGACAAACUGGACCGGAAGGAAGUUUGGGGUAUAUUAAAAAUUAUAUUAUAAUAUAUGAAAAUUAAAUACACAGUAUUUGUUGCUUUGAAUGUAAUUGAAAAAUAUAAAGAUCAACUAAAAAACAUAAUAGUUUUUUAAUGUAUUUAUUGUAAACUAUAAUGGGGUUAUAAUUGAUUUUAGUUAUCCUGGAACUCCUGGAUCUAAAGGAGAAAAAGGUGAUUCUGGAUACCCAGGAAUUCCGGGAUUAGACGGAAUUAAAGGAGAACGAGGGUUACCUGGUGAGAUAUAUUGUGUUAAUAUUAUAUGAUUUAUUAUUAUCUCAUUAAGCUGUAAAAUAACAGCAUGAAAUUGAAAUAAUUCUAUUUAAAUUUUAGGAGUGUCUGGGCCUGUUGGAUUCCCCGGAAUAUCCGGAGAUAAAGGUAUAUAUUGUGCUAUAAAAUUAACAAUGUAUUUUGUUUUUUAAAUUAUAGAAUAAUCAAACUUGCAAAAACCUAUAUAAUAUAUUUAAUUUUAUAAUCAAGGUGAACGAGGAUUGCCAGGACCUGUAGUGGACAUUAAAGGUGAUAAGGGAGAGCCCGGACCUCCUGGUUAUGAUGGAUUACCUGGUCCGGCCGGACCCACUGGUAAGAAAUUACUAAUUCUUUUUAAAUUAUUGGGUACCAUAUAUUAACUAUUAUUUGAAUUAAAAUAUUAUAUUUUGAACAAAUUGUUUAACAUUUAUAUUAAAUUCUGUAAACUAUUUAGGUCUUGAUGGAAUACCUGGCCAACCCGGUGAAAAGGGUGACCAAGGAGAGCCCGGCCUAAUAGGUUUUCCUGGACCCAUAGGUCCUAGAGGCGAAAAAGGUAAUGUCAUUCGAAAAUAUAAUAUUCUACAAAAACACAAAAUUUAUGACUGGGUAAUUAUUUGUUUUUUUUCGAAUAUUAUUUUAGGUGAUUUUGGACCACAAGGAUUACCUGGUGUCCCCGGAUUAACGAUCAAGGGAGAAAAAGGAUUACAAGGUAAACAUAUACGAUCGGUACUAAAAAAUAAAAACAAUGUAUUUUAUAUAAUUUUAUUAAUUUGGAUUUUUUUUUUUUUAAUAUAGGAUUGCCAGGUAAACAUGGUAGAGACGGAAGAGAUGGUUUUCCGGGAGAUAAAGGUAAAUACAAAUGGACCUUAUAAUAUAAUUAUAAAACUUACCUGUAACAAAUGAUUUUAAGGACAUAUUAUUCAAUACAAAUGUACCCAAAUGAAGUCAUAACAUAUAUUGCAAUUUUGACUGGUCUUAAUUACUAAAAACGUAUCUAUAGCAUAGACAAUUUUGAAGUUUAUUUUUAUAUCAGAUCAUCACUUUAUAUUUUAUUAAAUAACCUAUUUGACAAAAUAUUAAAUGCAAAAUAAACAUAACUUUCAUAAACGUCCUUCUUAUUUGAUUUGCAAAAUACUUAUAUUAUAAAUAAUUAUAUUUUAGGUGAUAAAGGAGAAGCAGGUUUACCAGGACUUCCGGGCCCAACUGGACCAGUUGGGGUACGUAUAUAAAUUAUACCAUAUUAUUUUUAACUAUUAUAACAUGUUUUAUAUUAAACGUAAGGAUUAUGUUUAAGACAUCAAUUAUUUUUGUCCAGGUGUUGGACUGAAAAAAACAAAUAUUAAUUUAGUUAUAUGAGUUAAUCAAAGUUGUAAUGAUUUAUUAAUAUUUUCAGUUACAAGGUCUUCCUGGUGAUAUUGGAGAAAUUGGACCUCCAGGUAUUUAACGCUAUUUUAUAGAAGUAUACAUUUAAUUAUUUUAAAAUAAUUAUAUUCCUUCACAUCAUAAAUUACAUUUAAUUAUUAUGCUUAACAUAUAUUCAAAUUUUUACUACAUAUUUUAAUUUAAAAUUAAAAUUAUAUAUAUAUAUAUAUAUAUAUAUAUACACUUAUAAGUCACUUCAUUUUUUUAUCAUUUUUCGUAGACUGCUUUUUUGAUUAUGAAUUACUACAACAUAAUUUUUUUUUAGUAUAGCGUUAUUGUAUUUUAAAAAUAAAUAUUCACUAAGAAGUACCUAUGAUAAACGUUUAGUUAUUUAAAUUAUAUGCAUAUAUAUUGUAUACAUAAGAAACUUAAAGAAAAUAUGUUUUUCGAAAAUUAUUGGUUGUCUUCCCAAAUAUUGUAAAGUUGAUACAAAUUAAUUUAAAAAAAUUCAAUACAUAACUUAUAUACGUGGAGUAAUUAUUUUAAAAUAAUUCCUUAUCAAUUGUCAGGAAUCAAAAAUAUAUUAGUAUAUACCUAAUAAAAUAAAAAUGUAUUUUAUUUUAUCUGAAAAACUAAUUCAUAAAUCAAAUUUUCAGGUUUCCCAGGUCAACCGGGAAUUAAUGGUCUUCCUGGAACUCCUGGGUUAGAUGGGCCACCGGGAUUGACGGGUAAAUAGUAUAAACUAAAUAAUUUUCAUAUCCGUGAAAAAAUAAUACUUGAAUAUAUUUGUUUAAAUAUUAUCCGUAUUCGUCAAAAUAUGAACAACAAUUAUAAUCAACAAACUCAAUAACUAAUUUUAGGACCUAAAGGAGAACCAGGCAGCCCUGCACCAUAUAGCGAAAAAGGAGACAAGGGUGAUAUUGGUUUCCCAGGUAACUCAUUAAUAUUAUUAAUUUAUUUAACAUAAAAUACAUUAUUGGAAAUAUUUCAUAAAAUUAAAAUUAACUUUGAAAGCAUUAAAAUGAUUGUUAUUGACUACACAUUAACUAAUGUUUUUUUUUCUCAUUUUAGGAAAACCCGGUAUUCCUGGAUCCAAAGGUGACAAAGGAGAUAGAGGUUUCCCAGGUAAACAAAAAUAUUAUUACAAUAUUAACAUAAAGAUUAGACCCUAGACAAAUUUAAUAUAUGUAGUAGGCUCGUUAUUUUAAACUUCGAGUUUUUUUUUUUUUCAAAUAAAAUAGUAUUGUUGAAAAAAAAAUCUGUGUACAAAUUAUUUAAAUUGAUACGCUGUUAUACAAUUUAAAUGCUUAUACUUAUAUUUUUCUUUUAAAGGUCUUCCUGGAUCAGCUGGUUUAGAUGGCUCGCCCGGUGAAAAGGGAAUCAGUGGAUUAGAAGGAGAACCCGGUUUGUAUUUUAACAAAUUUAAAUUAGAUAUUUUGUUAAUAAUUUUAGUAUAAAAUAUUUACAACAUUUUUAAAUCGUUAUUUUUUAAUUUUAGUAUUUACGACAUAAAAUAAUACUUUUUUAUGUUUAGGUGUACCUGGAUUUAGUGGAGCUAAGGGUGAUAAAGGUGAACCCGGUUUAACACCGGCACAAGGACCCAAAGGAGAUCGAGGAUUGCCGGGUACUUUAUAUACAUUUAAUAUUACACACUAAUUCAAUUUUUUUUCUAUCAGUAGUUUUUUACUGUAUUUCAUAUAAAUAAAUAGACAUCCACCGUAUUAUAGUAUUUAGCAAUAGUUAAAACUGAUUAUUUAGUUGUAUACCAUAUUAUAUAUAUUUUUAAUAUUUUAUUGUUUUUGUUUUGUUCUUUAGGACAACCUGGCAGGCCUGGUGAAGUGGGUUCCCCUGGCUUAGAUGGUCAACCUGGUUUUAAUGGAAUAAAAGGAGAAAUGGGUAAAACACACCUUAAUACCUCAAUACUAAAUUAAUAUAAUAUACAAUUUCCUUUUCGCUCUCCUUAUUAGGUUUCCCCGGUUUGAAUGGUCCAGUUGGUCCUCCCGGUCCUGUUGGUGACAAAGGUGAACCAGGAUUAGAAGGUGUUCCUGGUAUAGAUGUAAGUGAUCCAGUUUUUGCAUUGUAAUGAUACGUGUAAACUAUGUUAUUUUUUUAAUAGAAUACAAAUAUUUAUUUUGAAAAUUCUAGAUACCAACCUGAUUACCUACUUAAUUUUAUGUAAUAUUAUAAUAUUUAUAUAUAGGGACUACCAGGUCAGCCUGGACUUGAUGGUCUCCCUGGUAAGGAAUGUGUACCACAACUAGAUUAUUCAACCGGUAUAUUGUUAGUGAGACACAGUCAAAGUUCGUCUAUACCCGAAUGUGAACCUAACCACGUCAAACUCUGGGAUGGAUUCAGUUUGUUGUACAUAGAAGGAAAUGAAAAAGCACAUAACCAAGAUUUAGGUACAUACAUUUUUUUUUUCAAAUUAAUUCCUAUUUUUAUUUGGAAUAUUUAGUAUUAAAUUGACAUUAAUACGUUUUUUCACGCACGUAAAUAUCAAAUAACUGGAAAACAUUACUCAUUAAUAUCUAAUAUCAAGCCAAACGUAUACAUUUAUUAAAUUGCUUUCAGGUUUUGCUGGCUCUUGUAUAAGAAAAUUCUCUACCAUGCCAUUCUUGUUCUGCGAUUUCAAUAACGUGUGUAACUACGCUAGCAGAAACGAUAAGUCUUAUUGGCUCAGUACCAAUGCACCGUUACCGAUGAUGCCAGUCCAAGAGUUCGAAAUUCAAAAAUACAUUUCUCGGUAAUAAUAAAAAUCAAAAGUUUAAUUAGAGUUUAAUUUACUAACGGAAUUGCAAAAUUCAAAAAUCGAAUACAAAAAUUAUGCGUAUUCUAAUAUAUUUUUUUUUUCUCUGCUAUAAAUGCAUUUAUUAAUAGAUGUGUCGUAUGUGAAGCCCCUGCGAAUGUCAUAGCUGUACAUAGUCAAGCGUUGAAAGUUCCCGAUUGUCCUAAUGGAUGGGACGGAUUAUGGAUUGGAUACAGUUUUGUUAUGGUAAGUUAACGUGUGCUCACUAUUAUUCACCGAUAGGUAAAGAAGACAUUUUUAGAUACUGAGUGGAGCGAAAAAGCUUAUAGUUAUACAAAAAUGUUUAUUUUUUUUUUUAUUUUUUAUGGAUAACUUUUCUACCAAAGAUCUUUCACCGACUUUUAAGUGUGGCACCUUCUCCGAAAUAAAAUCUGUGUGGAAAAGCACUUUAAGGAGGUAAUUUUUCGAUUUUCUCCCAAAACUGGGGAAAAUGUAGGAAACGGGAAAGUCGGUACAUUAUUAAAGAAAUAUUAUUAAAGAAAACAUUUAAGACCUAUUUAAUUAUUUUACUAUAAUAUGACAUAUAUGUUACUGACAAAGUAUCACUAUUAAUUGAACUCCGCUCAGAAUCGUUUUUUCGUUAGCAAUGGUUUAUCGUCGCUUACAAUUAUACAUAAAAUUACCUAAAAAACCUACACCCGUUCCUAUUAUUCUAGGACAUCUUUUUAUUUAUAAUUCAUUUACCUCACAUCAACUGAUUAAGGUUUAAUAAGAUAUCUGACCGUAGUUUCUAUAUAGAAUAGAAAUAGAAAUUAAAUAAGCCUUAAUGAUGUAUUUAAAAUUUUAAAGGGCUAUAUGUAAUAGAUUAUAAAUAGAACUUAAAAGGGGUAUAAUACACUUAUCAUUUAUACUCCGGGCGACGCAUUGAUUCAUUUAUUUAUUUUAUUUCUACACAUACGUUUUUUAUUUAUAUAUUUAUUUAUUUUAUUUAUUUAAGAGUAUUAACCAUUUUAAUAAUUUUACUUUUAUUUUAAUAUUUUAUUAUGUAUACAUUAAGUUUUCCAUCUACCUUCUUAACUUCUCCCCUCGAACAGUGGCUCACCCGUCGUGCGGAAUAUUAACAUUUAUUUCUAAAAUAUUUAUUGUAUUUUUAUAUUAUAUAUUUCUUAAAAUAUUUUAAAUGUACGUAGUAUUAUUGUAAAUUAUUCGAAUAAAUAUUUUGAAUAUAAUUUUUUUUAUGGACUCAAAUAUUUUUUCUGAAUAGUUUUAAAAAUUACUUUACUCUAGUUUGUGUACAGUAUACAACAUGUUUUAUAUAAUACGUUUUUGCUUAUACAGCACACGUCUGCGGGCGCGGAAGGCGGUGGCCAAUCGUUGGCCAACCCAGGAUCGUGCCUGGAGGACUUCAGAGCCACGCCGUUCAUCGAGUGUAACGGGGCCCGAGGAACAUGUCAUUACUUCGCCAAUACGUUGAGUUUCUGGUUGGCCACCAUCGAUCCCGAUGAACAGUUCACUAGCGUUCAAAGGCAAACGCUAAAGAAAGACAUGACUCGCACCCGCAUCAGUAGAUGCCAAGUAUGCAUACGAAAAACAUGAUAGGACGUCGUCGACGGCGGCUCGCGAUACACGCGGAAUAUUGACCAUAGUCAUAUUAUUAUAUCAUAUAUUUAUUAUAAUAUAUAUUUUUUUAAUUAUCCAUAGUUAUUUUGACGUGUAAAUGUUUAUUAAUUUUAUUAUUAUUUAAUUAACCGGUAGGAUAGGCGUCUAAAUCAGUUUAGUAUUAAUUCAAUACACUCGUUGUGUUCAUAUUAAAAAUACAUUUCAAGUAUUUUAUACAUAGCUGUGCAUAAUAUUAUAUAAUACUUCAAUUGUCAUUUAAAUCCGAUAGAUUUUUUAACUAUAUAUAUUCACAACAAACAAAUUAUUGAUAUAUCUGAUUAAAAUAUUUAAGAAAAUAGUAAAAAUAAAAUUGAAAUGUACGAUAUAUAAGAAUAAUAUUAAGUUUAACUAACCAAUAUCUAUAAACAUAUUAAAAAAAAGUUUUUUUUAUUAAAUACUACUUAUACCAACACAUUAAAAAUGUACCUCUGUAGUAUGUAAAACCCUUUUGUUCGUGUCUAUCCGUUUUCUUUAUUCUUUUAUUACAUUAAAUAAAAAUUAUUAAUUAUUUUAAAAAAUACAUAAAAAUGUAAGCAAACGUAUACAUUUUAAUUCUGGGUCAUUGAAAAAUAAAUGUAACUUAUAAAUAAAUACUAAUAAAAUAACUUGUAAAUAUUAUUAAUAUUAUUAUUAUUAUUAAUAUUGUAUACUGACACAAAUAUUACAAAAUUUCAAAAUUUUUUUACUCGUACUGAACAUCGGAUAAACAUUGUUUAAAUCAAAUUAUCAUUUAAAUGUUAUACUAAUUCAAAAACUUCAAUUAUUUUUACGAGUCAAAUAAUUUGUAAAAUCUGAACUAAGUUAAAAUUUUAAAUGAUUACAAAAAAUAAACGCCAUUACGUUUGACUUUUUUUAUUACUAAUUGACCAACAUAACUAAGUUAUGGUGAACCGUGUAUUACUUUUUUG